AUGACUGAUAUCAAACUGUUGAGAAGUGAGAGCACGGAGUCUUCAUUAGACGCUCCUGUGUCGUCAGCGAAAGUUAGUGAGGUGUGCUGUCCACCCAAGGGAAAGUACGGAGAAGUGAGCUCAGAGUUCCUCGAUGAACUACGCAAAGUUCCGGAGUUGGAAGUGUCUGUUGAUGAGGAUAGUCUACAGUCUUGUGCGCGUGGCCAUACUAAUGCCCAGGUGCUUCACCCGUCAUCAACGUCAGCUGUCUCUGGUGCUUUGGCAUUGUGCUACGAGUAUCGCAUUCCUGUAGCGACUCGUGGUGCCGGUACUGGACUAGAGGGAGGCGCUAUACUCGCAAAAGGACUGGAUGGAGUUGUCUUGAGUACAGAGAAUCUAAAGAAUAUCGACUUCGACGAGACGGCUAUGUCGUGCUGGGUCGGCGCGGGUGUGAGGAAGACCCAGCUCAAUAAGUAUUUGAACAAGUUUGGCUGUUGCUUCCAGUGCGAUCCUGGUAGUGAUGCCUCGAUCGGUGGCCAAGCAAGCACGGGCGCUAGUGGUACUACAAGUGUACGAUAUGGAACGUUCAAGGAAAACGUCUUAAGUCUCACUGUUGUGACCCCAAGCGGUGAGGUCAUCGAGAACACCAGGCGGCUAGUGAGGAAGAACAGUACUGGUCUCGAUCUCACUAGGUUGUAUCUUGGCUCAGAAGGGAGCCUUGGUGUCAUCACUAAGGUGUGCGUUAAAGUCAGCAGGCAGCCGCAGGUCAUUGCGGGAGGUGUGAUUUGCUUCCCAAGCGUGGAGAAGGCUGUGGAAGCUGUACUUGAGAUUUCUAAGAACAAUAUCCCUGAUUUGUCCCGAGGCGAGUUGAUGACCGGUGCUGCUGUUCGUCAAGGGAACGCCUUCUUUGGAUGCCAAUAUACUGAGCUCCCUUCUCUAUGCUUCGAGUGCCAUUGCUCGGAUUAUAAGGCGGCCGAUAGAGCCUGCUGUGACGUGAUGGAAAUCGCUAAGAAGUGUGGGGGUACUGAUAUUAGAGCUACUAAUGAUAAAGAUGCUCUCGAGACUCUAUGGACUCUUCGUCGUGGUGCAUUUUACUCUACUAAGAACACACGAAGAGGGGAGAAGGGCAUUUCCGUAUUCGUUAGUGAUGCAUGCGUACCUCUGGUCAACCUUCCCAAGGUCAUCACUGAAACCGAAAACAUUUACCAGGACAUCUUUCACAAUGUGGACACGCUGUGUAUUGUUGCACAUAUCUUUGAUGGUAACUUCCACGCUAUGAUCCCGACCAAGGAGGAGGAGGUUGAUAAGAUAGAGGAAUUUAGUGACAGGCUUGCGAAUAUAGUUCUCGAUGCUGGAGGAAGCGUAAGCGGCGAGCACGGAGUUGGUCUUGGGAAGGCCCGCUAUGUGGAGCGCGAGUUCGGCAUGACGGGUAUUAAAGUGAUGCAACAAGUGAAGCAAGCGUUGGAUCCUCGCGGAAUCAUGAACCCUGGAAAGUCCUUCUACAUGAGAAGUCGACUUUGA